UUAAACUAAUUUGGACUCAGGCCCAAAUACAACUUUUGUCUAGGCCUGGCCCCAAAAGCAUUUGACUUGUUGUAAAUUAGCUAUUUGUAGAAAAAAAGUAGUUUGAGAUUGUACAGACGAAAAAAAAAAAUUGACAAAAGGAUGCACGCGUGAUACAAAAAAUAGUUUGUGUGGCUCCUCCUUGUCUUUGCUGAUCUGAUCAGGACAUAAAAUGAUCAUCUAUAGCCUAAAUUGAACCAAUAUUAAGUGUUAUAUGGCAACUGAUUGCUGUCUUGUGCUCGGGGUCAAUCGAGCAGCUGCUUGGCUUGUAAUGUUGGUUCGGGAAUAAUGAUCGCAAUGGAAUGUUGAUUAUGCAAUUACAACUAAUCAACUACUACUAGUAUAAAAUACAGCAUAAAUGAAAGUAAUAUAGCAUAGAAAGUCAGCAAACUGCUUUCUCACACCUAAUCGUGCCAUCAAACAUCUCCCAUUCAUCAAGAAGUCAACGGCAAUUUUGUUCAGCAGAGGAAUUCUACAUGAUUUCCAACGACAAUGCUACAUCCAGUGACUCGUUGUACGUUGAUGAAUAUGGUGUUAUCAAAGUUAGUUGGAGUUCUGAAAGGUGCACAAAACCAUACAGGCCAUUAUCCAGCAAAAACACGAUUGAAACUGAAGCCUCUUCAUCAGAAUCUGCACAGCUCAUCGCCAGUAAUAACGAUUUUUUGAUUGAAAUAUUACUGCACUUGCCCACAAGAUGUCUACUUCGUUUACAGACAGUUUCAAAACAGUGGCUUUCAAUUAUUAGUAGUCCCCAGUUUCGUUGUCUCCACACUCGCAGGAAUGCUAGGUCCUCUACCUCCACUAUCGGUUUGUUCUUGUGCCAGAACCCCACUUUCAAUUUUCUUUCUCUCCGCCAGGAAGAUUUUUCUGCUAUGAGUAUGAUGAAUGAAAGAUUCUCCAGUAUACGCAAAGGUAAAAUAAUUUGUCACGUGAAUUCAUGUAAUGGACUAUUUUGUCUUGAUAUUAAAUUAAGUGAUGGGAAGAGGGAGUUUUACGUCUACAAUCUCACUACUGGUAAAUAUAGGCUUAUUCCACAACCAGACACAAUCGACGAACCCCAUUUGGUAAAAACAAUGAAUUUGGCUUUUGAUCCUGAAAAGCCUGAGGAUUACCAUGCUGUCUGUGUUUGGUUGUCUGUUUCCGGGAAUCAACUUAGGUUCGCGGUGUAUUCUUUAAGUACUGGGGUAUGGAGGCAUUCUACGGAAUGUUAUGACUGUAAUGAGUAUGGAGGAGUGGACUUAUGUUACUAUUAUGGUGUUUUUUGGAAUGGGGCUGUUCAUUGGGUUAGUCAAACAGCGCCUUUUUUGCGCUUUGAAAUUGGUAAUUGUGCGUUCAGAUCAAUGCCUACUACGCCAAUUGUUGAAGGUCAAUGGCAUAGGAACAUUGAAUACUUUGGUGAAUCUGGUGGACACUUGCAUCUUAUUGAUCUGAAUCCACAUCCAAGUAUGCAAUUUGAUAUAUUGGAGCUGGAAGUUAACUAUUCUGGAUGGUUUGUUAAGUACCAUGUUAACUUGGAUUUUUUACCCAAUUUGUAUCCUGUCAUGGUGAAUCAAGAAGUGAAUCCACCAGAAGAGUAUGCGUAUUCAAACGUAUUCUCAACAAUCUGUUUUCUCGAAGACGAGAAAGAUAAAGCAAUGCUAUUGCUAUCGCUUCCUGGGAAAAUUAUUUUAUACAACUUGGGAAAUAGGAUGAUCAAAGAGCUCGCGGAUGUAAAGCCAGCUUCAUUCAGGCUUUUCAUUGAUGGGGCACGUUACGAUGGCUUUGAAAUGUACAAACAUGUUGAGACCUUGGCUUGUGUUUGAGUUUAUUUUCUAGUCAUUUUUGUUGUAAUCUGUAUGUUUGCUAAAUCUCAAUUGUCUUGUACUCAAGUCUCUGAAUUUCCUUUGCUUAAAUGUGUAAUCAGUCCUAACUGUCGUUGCAUUUCUGCAAUUGAACGAUCAAUUA